AUGAAUUCUUACUCAGAGUCUAGUACCCAGUUUACAUCUGACAACUCAAGCCAAAUCAUGUGCAUGCUUCCAUUAUCCGAACUGAGUGAAAGGUCCCUCCUCUAUCCAACUUCAUCUUCAAGAUUUGAUCAAUCUGCUAUAUCUCAUUAUAACUCAGACCAUUCGAGCUCUCUAGGAGAGCUUAACAUGGCUCUGAACAUUGAGAAUAAAGGAUAUGCCCCUGAAAUUGCAAUUUCUGGAUGCUUAUCAGUACUUCCAUGCUCCUAUCAAGCACAGGAUGUAAUGGAAGCAUACAGGUGCUCACCUGAGAUGCUGACUUUACAGCCAGCAUUUGCAGUCUACUCAGAUGUUGAAUCACUUCCAAGAAGCUGGUCUAGCCUGGACAGCUAUUGAAUGUGCCAUCCACAAAACUUCGGCGAGGGCAAUCUAAUUACUCCAAGACAAAUCCCAAGGACAUUAGUUGCUAGUGAAAUUGAAGCUAUUGAGAAAAUUUCUAAGAAACAUGGAUUACAAAAAUUAAAGUCCAAAAUGCAGCUCCUGAAGAUACUAGGACAGAGAUCCAGUGAAGAGGUUAUCUUCACAACCACUGGAAAGGAAAACUCACGCAAACCUAAGCACGGCACUAAAUUCAGAGGGUCUAACUAUAGAGGAGUCUCAGCAAAUGGAAAGUCUUGGCAAGUCUUUAUUGUCAUUGGAGGAAAAAAAAGUUAUGCAGGUACUGAGGCCACUCAAGAAAAAGCUGCAGCCCUCUAUGAUAAGCUUGCUAUUGCCUUCCAUGGCAUGAAGGCUAAGACAAACUUCUCGUACACUAAAUUUGAGGUCUGUGAGCUCUUGCAGAUUUAAACAAGAGCUAGAGUUUAUCUCCAGUCCUCAAUCACCAGUAAAUUAUCAUAAUCCCUUUACUCUAUUUACGCUCUUCUGGGUUG